AUGGAAGAAAGUACCAAUGAUUUGCUAAAGAAGUUGUUGAGCGACAAUCAGCAACUUAGGACCGAUUUAAGAAAUCUUGAGAGGCAAAUGGGGCAGUUAGCAACAAAUCAAAACACUAGACCUGCAGGCGCUCUCCCAAGUGAUACAGAGAAGAACCCGCAAGUGAAUGCAGUAACACUUAGAAAUGGGAGGGAGCUAGAGGAAGUGCCAAAGAAGAGAAAAGACAAGCCCAUACCUGAGGGGGAGUUGAUCCCUAAAGUGACACACGAGCCAAAUAAUGCUGCUAAAAUUCUAGAGCUAGUGGAGGCCCCAAGGCCACCACCCCCUUUCCCCCAGAGAUUGCAGAAAAAGAAUGAUGAUCGCAUGUUCAGCAAGUUUCUCUCCAUGUUGAGCCCGGUUCAAUUGAAUAUCCCACUCGUUGAUGUGCUUCGUGAAAUUCCAAAGUAUGUUGCACUUACUGAGGAAUGCACUUCAAGGGUCCAAAAUAAGCUCCCUCAAAAGCUUAAGGAUCCUGGCAGCUUUACCAUCCCUAUGCGAAUUGGUAAUAUUGAUGUGGGACGUGUUCUUUGCGAUUUGGGGGCAAGUAUAAAUCUGAUUCCCUUAUCUUUGUUCAAGCGAUUGGGCCUGGGAGCUCCAAGGCCAACUACUGCUGAUGAACUGGUUCCAAUCAUAUUGGGGCGACCUCUCUUGGCUACUGGUGAUGCAAUUAUCAAAGUGAGAGAAGGAAAAAUGAUCUUGAGGGUAGAUGACGAGGAAGCAGUCUUUAAUGUGUACAAAGCAAUCCAACUCCCCCGCCAUUAUGAGGAUCUCUCAAUGGUAUCCGUUGUUGAGGUUGAUGAGCAAAUUCUUGGCACGAGUGUAUAUCUAGACGAUUCUCUAGAGAAAGCGCUUAUGUUGUUUGAUAGCCCGGGGAGUGAUGAUGAGGUUGAGGAGAUGAUGCACAUCUUAGAUACAUCUUGUGCGUACAUGCAAGGGAUACACCCCUUUGAGCCUUUAAAUAGGCCAGAAGGACCUCCUCCAAAGCCGUCCAUUGAGGAAGCCCCAAAACUAGAGCUUAAACCUCUCCCACCUCACCUUUAA